AAAGAAUACUUUACAUCUUUGACCAAACAUCUGAAAAGGGACCACAGGGAACUGCAAAAUAUUGAAAGACAAAACAGAUCUUCCUGGAUAACAUAAUGCCAGCUGAGCGUAAGAAGUCAGCAAGCAUGGAAGAAAAAGAAACAUCGUUAAGUAACAAAGAAAAGGAGUUUGGUGAGAGGCGGUCAGUGAGCAGCCGGGACAGACCCAAGGACGAUGUCAGGCUUGGCAUGAAGAGAGAUAUGUUAAAGCCACCUGAAGAUAAAAAGAAAAAAGUAGAGGAGGAGAAGCGGAAAAAGGAUGACAAGGAAUGGAAGAAAAAAGAUGAUGAGAAAAUAAAACCUGAAGAAGAACAAAAGAGAAAGGAGGAAGAGGAAAAGCAAAAACUUGAAGAGGAAGAGAAAAAGAAGCAAGAGGAAGAGAUGAAGCAGCAGCAAGAAGAAGCAGCUGCUCAACUGAAAGAAAAAGAAGAAGCACAUCAACUGCACCAGGAAGCUUGGGAGCGCCACCAGGCAAGAAAGGAACUGCGAAGCAAAAACCAGAAUGCCUCAGACAACCGUCCAGAAGAGAACUUCUUUAGCAGGCUGGAUUCAAGCCUCAAGAAGAACACUGCCUUUGUUAAGAAAUUAAAGACUAUCACUGAGCAGCAGAGAGACUCCUUGUCCCAUGACUUCAACGGCCUCAAUUUAAGCAAGUAUAUUGCAGAGGCCGUUGCAUCGAUUGUAGAAGCAAAACUGAAAAUAUCUGAUGUAAACUGUGCUGUGCAUCUGUGUUCGUUGUUUCAUCAGCGAUAUGCUGACUUUGCUCCAUCGCUGCUUCAAGUCUGGAAGAAACAUUUUGAAGCAAGGAAAGAAGAGAAGACGCCUAACAUUACAAAACUGAGAACGGACUUGCGGUUCAUUGCAGAAUUGACGAUAGUUGGGAUUUUCACAGAUAAGGAAGGCUUAUCUUUAAUCUAUGAACAGCUAAAAAACAUUAUUAAUGCUGAUCGUGAAUCUCAUACCCACGUUUCAGUGGUGAUUAGUUUCUGCCGGCAUUGUGGAGAUGAUAUUGCUGGUUUGGUACCAAGAAAGGUUAAAAGUGCGGCAGAUAAAUUUAACUUGAGCUUUCCUCCCAGUGAGAUAAUUAGCCCAGAGAAACAACAACCUUUCCAAAAUCUGCUGAAAGAAUACUUUACAUCUUUGACCAAACAUCUGAAAAGGGACCACAGGGAACUGCAAAAUAUUGAAAGACAAAACAGGCGUAUUCUACAUUCUAAAGGGGAAUUGAGUGAAGAUCGGCAUAAACAAUAUGAAGAAUUUGCUAUGUCUUAUCAGAAGUUAUUGGCAAACUCUCAGUCUUUAGCUGAUCUCCUAGAUGAAAAUAUGCCAGAUCUUCCCCAAGACAAACCAGUGCCAGAAGAACAUGGUCCUGGCAUUGAUAUUUUUACUCCUGGCAAACCUGGCGAAUAUGAUUUAGAGGGGGGAAUCUGGGAAGAUGAAGAUGCCAGAAACUUCUAUGAGAACCUUAUUGAUUUAAAAGCAUUUGUGCCAGCUAUCUUGUUCAAAGAUAAUGAAAAAUGUUCUCAAAACAAAGAUUCUGGUAGAGAUGACUCUAGAGAACUAAAAGAAACUAAGGAAAAUAAAGAUAUAUCUGGCACUGAAGAUCUAGAACUGGAUCUAGAAAAUUUGGAUAUUAAUGAUGAUACCCUUGAUUUAGAUUGUGGGGAUGAAGCAGAAGAUCUCACAAAAAAGAUUCUUGAUGAACAAGGCAAGAAACAGGGAGCAGAUAGCACCGGAGCUGAAAAUAGUGACGGAAAGCAAGCUGCAAGAAAACAAGAAGAUGAAGAAGCCAGUACUGGAUCACACCUAAAACUUAUAGUAGAUGCUUUUCUUCAACAGCUCCCAAAUUGUGUAAAUAGAGAUCUAAUAGACAAGGCAGCGAUGGAUUUUUGCAUGAAUAUGAACACGAAGGCUAACAGAAGGAAAUUAGUUCGGGCUCUUUUCAUAGUUCCUCGGCAGAGGCUAGAUUUGCUGCCUUUUUAUGCAAGACUGGUUGGCACAUUGCAUCCCUGUAUGUCUGAUGUAGCAGAGGAUCUCUGUUCCAUGCUGAAGGGUGACUUCAGAUUCCAUGUGAGAAAGAAGGACCAGAUCAACAUUGAAACGAAGAACAAGACAGUGCGAUUCAUUGGCGAGCUAACUAAGUUUAAAAUGUUCUCCAAAAGUGACACACUGCAUUGCUUAAAGAUGCUUUUGUCCGACUUCUCUCAUCACCACAUUGAAAUGGCAUGUACUUUGUUAGAGACUUGCGGUAGAUUCCUCUUCAGAUCUCCAGACUCCCAUUUGAGAACCAGUGUUCUUUUGGAACAAAUGAUGCGGAAGAAACAAGCAAUGCAUCUUGAUGCGCGCUAUGUCACAAUGGUAGAAAAUGCCUACUAUUACUGUAACCCUCCUCCAGCAGAGAAAACUGUGAAAAAGAAACGCCCUCCUCUCCAGGAAUAUAUUCGGAAACUCCUCUAUAAAGAUCUCUCCAAAGUCACUACUGAAAAGGUCCUGAGACAGAUGCGCAAAUUGCCUUGGCAUGACCAUGAAGUGAAAGAUUAUGUUAUAUGCUGUAUGAUCAACAUUUGGAAUGUGAAAUAUAAUAGCAUUCACUGUGUAGCCAAUCUUCUAGCUGGAUUGGUACUUUACCAAGAGGAUGUUGGAAUUCACGUUGUGGACGGUGUUCUGGAGGAUAUUCGACUAGGAAUGGAGGUUAAUCAGCCAAAAUUUAAUCAACGGAGGAUCAGCAGUGCUAAGUUCCUCGGUGAGCUGUACAAUUACAGAAUGGUAGAGUCAGCAGUAAUAUUUCGAACUCUGUACUCCUUUACGUCAUUUGGUGUGAACUCUGAUGGCACAGCAAGUCUCCUUGAUCCUCCAGAGCACCUUUUUCGAAUUAGAUUAGUUUGCACCAUCCUUGACACCUGUGGACAGUAUUUUGACAGGGGAUCUAGCAAGCGGAAACUGGACUGCUUCUUGGCCUAUUUUCAGAGGUAUGUUUGGUGGAAGAAAAGUCUGGACGUUUGGACAAAAGAUCACCUGUUCCCUAUAGACAUUGACUAUAUGAUCAGUGAUACAUUAGAACUGCUGAGACCAAAAAUAAAACUCUGCAAUUCUCUGGAAGAAUCUGUUAGGCAGGUACAAGAACUGGAAAGGGAAUUCUUAAUCAAACUAGGUCUUAUGAAUGACAAAGACUCUAAGGAUUCGAUGACUGAGGGAGAGAACCUGGAGGAGGAUGAAGAAGAAGAGGAAGGUGGAGUAGAGAUCGAAGAACAAUCUGGAAAUGAAAGUGAAAUAAAUGAACCAGAGGAAGAGGAGGGCUCAGAGAAUGAUGAUGAUGAAGGAGAAGAGGAAGAAGAAGAAAAUACUGAUUAUCUCACCGACUCUAAUAAGGAGAAUGAAACUGAUGAAGAGAACACGGAGGUAAUGAUUAAAGGAGGUGGACUGAAACGUGUCCCAUGUGCUGAAGAUGAAGAUUUUAUUCAGGCGUUGGAUAAAAUGAUGCUGGAAAACUUACAGCAAAGAAGUGGAGAGUCGGUGAAAGUGCAUCAGUUAGAUGUUGCCAUUCCUUUGCAUCUCAAAAGUCAGCUGAAGAAAGGACCACCGCUCGGGGGUGGGGAGGGGGAAUCUGAGUCUGGAGACACAAUGCCUUUUGUCAUGUUAACUCGGAAAGGCAACAAGCAGCAGUUUAAAAUCCUGAAUGUACCGAUGUCUUCCCAACUGGCUGCAAAUCACUGGAAUCAACAACAAGCUGAGCAAGAGGAACGCAUGCGAAUGAAAAAACUAACAUUGGACAUCAAUGAACGGCAAGAACAGGAGGACUAUCAGGAAAUGAUGCAGUCCUUGGCUCAGCGGCCAGCUCCAGCAAAUACGAACCGAGAACGGCGACCUCGUUACCAGCAUCCAAAAGGAGCACCUAAUGCUGACCUCAUCUUUAAAACUGGUGGAAGGAGACGUUGAUCCAGCAGCAAGCGUCAUUUCAUUAGGUCCUGUAUCUCCAAUGUUGUGGAUUAGUGGAGUCCUCCAGCAAUUAAACGAGAGCAGCGGACACAUCUGAGCAUGUCAGUCUAGAGAGUUCAGAAUCGACAGGCUGGGGCCAUAGAGCAGAUACACCAGCCUCUAUUAAAAACAGAAAUAGUGGAAGCUUCCAGUCAUGGCCUGUCAAACAAACAAAAAGCAUCUUGUUACGGAACCAUGUGAGGGUUAAUCUUCUCAUGAGAAUGGAAGUAAAUAAAUGAGAUGGUUAACUUGACCGGUGAGCAGUUCAGUUACAACAAAGAGCAACUUAAAUAAGAUGGAUUAUGCUGGAACAGAGACAGUUUUGGUGGCUAAGUAUGGGGAAAAUCAAACCUAGUAAGAGUGGCAUUUUCACUGAAUGAAGCAUGGUGUGCCAGGAGAAUGUUCAUUGGGGGGCUCCAGAUCUGCACUAGAGAAGUGAUAGAGCAAGAGGUAAUUAUUGUCUAGUAAGCCCCAACACACAGGAUAAGCGAAACAGCAACUAUUUACCAAAACACAAGAUAUUUUACUAGAAGACUAUGUUCUAAGAGGAAACCAGUCUGUUCCAUAAUGUGUGUGUGUUAGAGAGGGGGAGGGGGAAAAGAACAAGAAAGGAGCCAGAUACAAGGAAGUGGGACGAUCUACUGAAGGUCACAGGUAGAUGGGAAGGUAGAGAGCGUUGACCAAAAGUUGCUUUGAACAGCCUGACACCAGCCUAAGAACAAGGAUCUAGAGGAGCUCUUUAAAGCAUCAUUGAAAACCAAAAUGUGCCAGUCAGCAUGACAGACAGAUGCCAAGAAGUGGAGCUGAAUGUUCUGUUGACUUUCAUGGGUUGAUAAGCCUCUGUGUCUACAUAUUAAAAAAAAAAAAAAGGAAAAAAAAUAGUUGG